CCGGGGCCUUUUUGUCCGGACGCGGCGGGAGCGCGCUCAGCGCGUGCGUACGCGGCGGCGGUUGGCAGCGAGCUCCCAGUGUGAAGUGAGGCGAGGCAAGGCGGCUCCGGACCCACGGACCGACAGACCGAGCGGCCCCUUCGGCCGUCGGCGGCCAGGCGGCCAGAGAUGUUGUCUGGGAAGAAGGCCGCGGCGGCCGCGGCGGCAGCAGCAGCGGCGGCGGCGGGGACUGAGGCUGGCCCCGGGGCAGCGGGCGGCGCGGAGAACGGCUCCGAGGUGGCCGCGCCGCCCGCGGGCCUGUCGGGCCCUACCGAGGCCGGGCCGGGGGUGGCCGGAGAGCGCACUCCCCGCAAGAAAGAGCCUCCGCGGGCCUCGCCCCCCGGGGGACUGGCCGAGCCACCGGGGUCCGCCGGUCCUCAAGCCGGGCCUACCGUCGUUCCUGGAUCUGCGACCCCCAUGGAAACGGGAAUCGCGGAGACUCCGGAGGGGCGGCGGACCAGCCGGCGCAAGCGAGCGAAGGUAGAGUACAGAGAGAUGGAUGAAAGCUUGGCCAACCUCUCAGAAGAUGAGUAUUAUUCAGAAGAAGAGAGAAAUGCUAAAGCAGAAAAAGAAAAGAAGCUUCCCCCACCACCCCCUCAAGCCCCACCAGAGGAGGAAAAUGAAAGUGAGCCUGAAGAACCAUCUGGGCAAGCAGGAGGACUUCAAGACGACAGUUCUGGAGGGUAUGGAGACGGCCAAGCAUCAGGUGUGGAGGGUGCAGCUUUCCAGAGUAGACUUCCUCAUGACCGGAUGACUUCUCAAGAAGCAGCCUGUUUUCCAGAUAUCAUCAGUGGACCGCAGCAGACCCAGAAGGUUUUUCUGUUCAUUAGAAACCGCACAUUGCAGUUGUGGUUGGAUAAUCCAAAGAUUCAGCUGACCUUUGAGGCUACCCUCCAACAAUUAGAAGCUCCUUACAACAGUGAUACUGUGCUUGUCCACCGAGUUCACAGUUAUUUAGAGCGUCACGGUCUAAUCAACUUCGGCAUCUAUAAGAGGAUAAAACCCCUACCAACUAAAAAGACAGGAAAGGUAAUUAUUAUAGGCUCUGGGGUCUCAGGCUUGGCAGCGGCUCGUCAAUUACAAAGUUUCGGAAUGGAUGUCACACUUCUGGAAGCCCGGGAUCGAGUGGGUGGACGAGUUGCUACAUUUCGCAAAGGAAACUAUGUAGCUGAUCUUGGAGCUAUGGUAGUGACAGGUCUUGGAGGGAAUCCCAUGGCUGUGGUCAGCAAACAAGUAAAUAUGGAACUGGCCAAGAUCAAGCAAAAAUGCCCACUUUAUGAAGCCAAUGGACAAGCUGUUCCUAAAGAGAAAGAUGAAAUGGUAGAGCAAGAGUUUAACCGGUUGCUAGAAGCUACGUCUUACCUUAGUCAUCAGCUAGACUUCAAUGUCCUCAAUAAUAAGCCUGUGUCCCUUGGCCAGGCAUUGGAAGUUGUCAUCCAGUUACAGGAAAAGCAUGUCAAAGAUGAGCAAAUUGAACAUUGGAAGAAGAUAGUGAAGACUCAGGAGGAGUUGAAAGAACUUCUUAAUAAGAUGGUAAAUUUGAAAGAGAAAAUUAAAGAACUCCAUCAGCAAUACAAAGAAGCAUCUGAGGUCAAGCCACCUAGAGAUAUCACUGCCGAGUUCUUAGUGAAAAGCAAACACAGGGAUCUGACUGCCCUGUGCAAGGAAUAUGAUGAAUUAGCUGAAACACAAGGAAAGCUAGAAGAAAAACUUCAAGAAUUGGAAGCCAAUCCCCCAAGUGACGUGUAUCUCUCAUCAAGAGACAGACAAAUACUUGAUUGGCAUUUUGCAAAUCUUGAAUUUGCUAAUGCUACACCUCUCUCUACACUCUCCCUUAAACAUUGGGAUCAGGAUGACGACUUUGAGUUUACUGGCAGCCAUCUGACAGUGAGGAAUGGCUACUCGUGUGUACCUGUGGCUUUAGCGGAAGGCCUGGACAUUAAAUUGAACACAGCGGUGCGGCAGGUUCGCUACACAGCUUCGGGGUGUGAAGUGAUCGCUGUGAAUACCCGCUCCACAAGCCAGACCUUUAUUUAUAAGUGUGAUGCAGUUCUCUGUACCCUCCCCUUGGGUGUGCUGAAGCAGCAGCCCCCAGCCGUUCAGUUCGUGCCGCCUCUUCCUGAGUGGAAAACAUCUGCAGUCCAAAGGAUGGGAUUUGGCAACCUUAACAAGGUAGUACUGUGUUUUGACCGUGUGUUCUGGGAUCCAAGUGUCAAUUUGUUUGGGCAUGUUGGCAGUACGACGGCCAGCAGGGGUGAGCUCUUCCUCUUCUGGAACCUCUAUAAAGCUCCAAUACUAUUGGCACUGGUGGCAGGAGAAGCUGCCGGCAUCAUGGAAAACAUAAGUGAUGAUGUGAUUGUCGGCCGAUGCCUGGCCAUCCUCAAAGGGAUUUUUGGUAGCAGUGCGGUGCCCCAGCCCAAGGAGACUGUGGUGUCUCGCUGGCGUGCUGACCCCUGGGCCCGGGGCUCCUAUUCAUACGUAGCUGCAGGAUCAUCUGGAAAUGACUAUGAUUUAAUGGCUCAGCCAAUCACUCCCGGCCCCUCAAUUCCAGGGGCUCCCCAGCCAAUUCCACGACUCUUCUUUGCUGGAGAACAUACAAUCCGUAACUACCCAGCCACUGUCCAUGGCGCUCUGCUGAGUGGGCUGCGAGAAGCAGGAAGGAUUGCAGACCAGUUCCUGGGGGCCAUGUAUACCCUGCCUCGCCAGGCCACACCAGGCGUCCCUGCACAGCAGUCCCCAAGCAUGUGAGACUGACGGGUUCUGAGGGAAGCCCCAUGUGUGAGUCUUUUGCUGUGUAAGCAAAGCUCUCAUGGCAAUCCUGGAUCUCACGGAGAAACUCACUCUGGCAUCUGGGCUCCAGCCAGCUGUUGGAACUCAUGAUGCCAGGUGGCCAAGGAGGUGGCCUCCUUUGAGGGACUUAGAGCUAGAGAGGCAGUUGUCCAUUAGUGUGGAAGUCAGUGUUCUUCCUAAAGACUGAGGUAAGCAAGCCUCGUGAGAGGACAUCUUAGUCUCUUGGUGUGUGGUGGUUUUUUAUAUUUUAAAAAUAAAGCUUCAUAUAAAAUUC